AUGGCAUUGGUAAAUGGUUUAUAUGUUGUUCAAGGAGAGGCAAAUGCUGUACUAGCUCUUUUACGCAAAUUCAGAAGAUCACAAACAAGACAACAACUUCCUUUAUUGGAUGAACACAAUCCUUUAUUGAGGAAUUUUGCCGAUUUAAGAGAUGUUUUGAAUAAGGUUAACGACCUCGGUGAAAUUCAAUUUGACACAUUUAUCAGCCCAUUCCUUGAAGUUAUAAAAUCAGAUGCUACUGACGGGCCCAUAACUGCUAGAGCACUUUCUGCAAUUGAAAAAUUUAUUUCUUAUGGUUUAUUGUCCUUUAGCAAUAUUAGAAUAGCUGGGGCUGUUCAGUCAAUUUCUGACGCUGUGACUAAAGCUAAAUUUAUUGGUACUUCAAAGGCUGGAAUUGAUGAGUGUGUUCUUUUUCAGAUUUUACAGACUCUCCGUUCCUUGGUUUUAUCUCCUGGUGGUCGACAUUUAAGCAAUGCAACAGUUUGCGAAAUUCUUCAGUGUUGUUUUCGUAUUGGCCUUGAACAGUUAUUGCCUGAACUUUUACGUGUUGCUGCAGAAAGUGCUUUGGCAGAUAUGUGUAGACAUUUAUUUGCUGCAAUGCCAACAUUUGAACAAGAUAUAAGAAUGGGGUUGAAAGAACUUAUGAGAUUUUUAAUUGCUCUUUGUAAUCCACAUGAUCGCACAAAUCUUCCUCAAAUGAUCCUUAUGGGACUUCACCUUUUAACUGUUGCAUUCGAAACUGGAAAUGAAUUUUUAAGAGAAAAUGAUUUAAUUCUUCCGUUAUUAGAAGAUGAAUUGUCACAUACUCUUUUACAAUUAUUGGGAACACAAAAAUUAAAAAUAUUUGCUGCUACUAAUAGAGUGUGUUUUUUGUUGUUUGAAACUCUUAGACCACAUUUAAAGUUAGUUUUUAAUUUCAAAUUAUUUCUUAAAUGUGAUGAUCUUCUGCGUUCCAUCAUUUUAUUAAGUUAG